AUGUUUCACUACAAGUUGAAGAUAUUAAAGAAAGCACUAACCCAGUGGAGUAAGAAAAUUUUCGGCAACAUAUUCCAAGAGAUAGCAAAUUUGGAAGAUGUAAUAAAAGUGGUUGAAUCACAUUUUAAAACCGAACCCAAUGUAGCUAAUAGGGAGAAGUUGCAUGAAGCACAGGCAAAGUUGAAAUUAUACUUGCACAGAGAAGAGAAAUUCUUGAAACAGAAGGAAGGUAUGCAGUGGUCCAAGGAUGGAAAAAGUAAUACAAAGUUCUUUCACACUAUAGUUAAUGGGAGAAGAUGGAGAAUUAAAGUGAACAAAACUCAGAAUGAAGAAGAGGAGUGGAUGGAAAACCAAGAGGACAUUGUUGAUGCUACUGGUGAGUUCUAUAGAAAUCAAUUUAAACGACAAGAAGGGGAUUUUGAAUAUGCCAUGAUAGAAGGUUUGCCGAAUGUUUUGAGUGACGAGGAAAGUGAAAACAUGCAUGCAGAGCCUACAAUUAAAAAAGUUUAUCAAGCUGUUAUGGGAUUAAAUAGACAUAGCACACGAGGCCCAGAUAGAAUGAUAGAUGCAUUUUAUCAAGACGCCUGGGAAGCAUAA